AUGUGUUCAGAGGGAACCGUCACCUGCGAUCGCCUCUCCUGCAACUGUACUGACCCUAAGGUGGAUCUGGCGUGCUGCCCCCAGUGUGACCCCCGUGCCUCCUGCUCCCACCAGACCCAGCCCAAUGUCACCUACCGCAGCAGCCAGCGUUGGAUAUACCAGUGUCAGACCUGUGAAUGCCUUUAUGGAGAAAUUGACUGCUGGCCUUUGGAAUGUCCACCUGUGCACUGCUCAUCACCGGAGAGGGUGCCUGGGGACUGCUGUGCCCGGUGCCCUGACGACCCCUGCAUGGCGCCAGACACCACCAACACCAGCCUCAGUACUGCCCUGAGGGAUGCCGCUCUCCCACAAGGCUGCCACUACCUGGGUGCUGUCUACCCUCCUGGUGCUGAGUGGGCAGCUCUGAAUGAUGAGUGUGUCACCUGCAAGUGUCAGAUGCCGUACUGCUGGGAGGGUGGAGGUCGGGGCGGUGCGGUCCGUGUACACCGGUAA